GGUCAGAAGGGGUGCUAUUCUUUGAAAAACCAGUUGGUCUCUUCGGCUAGAUACACGCGCACUAACAUAUAAAGACGAUCUGAUUCAGAGAAGGUUCGGCCCCGCCAUCCUUGAGGCUCCUGUUGCAAGGUCCCUUCCAACUCUGUUAAUCUGAAACCUUUUUCAGGGCCGUUGUAACUUUGAAUGGCCACAAAACGAACUGUUGUAAGUCAAGGACUAUCUGCACUGUCCGAAAGGGCUCAGCAGGAGGGGCUGACCAAUCCCGGAUGCAAUUGCAAGGAGGAAAAAAAAAAUCUUUUAACCUUUUAACAAUCUGCUCACGGAGAAGCUGGUGGGUGGGGAAAAUGUAGGAAAUCAGAAAGCAGCCGGGAUAAAUUCUCUUCAUUUUACAAAAUUAGGAAUGGGACACUGGGAUGAAGUACAGAUGCUUUGGAGAAUAGUUUGACUCCUUCUUCUUUGUGGCAACCCCUGAGAUAUUGGAACACUGCUAUCAUGUCUCCUCUACUCCCCUCAUGUAUGGACACUGCAACCGCCAUAAAUAUGAGGCAGUUGCCAAGCAUUGGAAUUUUGAUCACGCGACCACGAGGAUGCUACAACGGCCGUUAAGUAUGAAAAAAGAGAGGGCCACUUUGCUGCUGAAUUAUGUUGCAUGGCCCAUUGCUUCUUUAAAACCCUUCCCAUCCUGGAGAAAACUGCCUUAUCUGCCAGCUGUAUUAGAGAGAGAGAAAUUUUGGAUAUCCCUGCAGCCUUCUGGCCCAGGAUUGACUGAAAUUGCAAACUUUGUGGUCAGCGGGGCCUGCUUUUUGAGAGGCCAUGGCGGCUGAGCAGAGAGCCAGAAGAGCUGAUGGCAUCCCAAGACACCGAGGGGUCAAAGUCGAAGAGCGUCAAACCGUCAGCCCGCGAGGGGCAGAAGGAACGGACCGUGCAGGGAAACUGCCUCGGGUCCUUCAAGUGGGCACCAUUCGAGAGUUCCUAAAUUGGGCUGCCCCACGGCAAAUGAAACAGGAGCCUAAGGAGGACUUGCCCGAACUCUGGGAAGCACAAUGGCAGGAGUUCCUCGCUGCGCUCCGGACCUCUCCUCUAGGGGAGGGACACCAGCAGCUGUCCGAGGGACCCGCCCCAUGGGGGGACAACAAAGCCUUCUUCGCCUCCUUUGAACGUCUGGCUGGAACCUGCCAGGUGCCCCGCCGAGAAUGGCUGGCUCGCCUGGUGCCCGUGUUGGGUAGGGAAGCCAAGGAGACCUACAGUAGCCUCAGCCUCCAGGACCGAGGCGAAUACGCCAAAGUCAAGGCGGCCAUCUUGAAAGGGGACGCCCUCCGGAUGGAGGCGCAGCGCCAACGCUUCCGGCAGUUCCGCUACCACGAAGCCUGGGGGCCCCGGGAGGUGUGCAGCCAGCUUCGAGAGCUGUGCCGCGCGUGGCUGAAGCCGGAGAAGCACACCAAGGAGCAGAUGUUAGACCUUUUGGUCUUGGAGCAGUUCCUGACCCUUCUACCUCAGGAGAUCCAGAGCUGGGUGAGGGAACACGGCCCGGAGUCGUGUGCCCAAGCCGUGCCCUUGGCAGAGGCCUUCCUGAUCAGGCAGCAAGAGGCCGAAAGAAAGGGGAAGCAGACUCGGGGAACUCAAGUGGUGAGCUGGGCUGAGAUGAAACCGUCUUCUGUGGGUGCUGGGCUGAAGCGGAUUCACCGAGAGAUGAAUCAAGAUGCCAGAAUCCUGGACUUGGGGAACUCUAACGGGGAGCAUGCCGAGAAGGCCCUGAACCGAAUUACCGAAAACGGGGUGAAGGCUCCUGGCAGAGCUCAGCUGGGCCAGAGGAGCUUCCAAAAUCCCGAUAGCAGGACCGCUUUCCGCCCAAGCCCGGCCUUCUUCAAACACCAGCGGGUCCACGCAGCGGAGAGCCCGCACCAGUGCCCUGAUUGCGGGAAGCAUUUUACACAGCGUUCGAGCCUGACCAUCCACCGGCGGAUCCACACGGGGGAGAAGCCGUACCCUUGUCCCGAGUGCGGGAAAUGCUUCCGCCAGAGUUCCAACCUUUUGAAGCAUCAGAGAAUCCACUCGGGGGAGAAGCCCCACCAGUGCCCGGAGUGCAGCAAAUGUUUCGCCCAGCGCUCCAACCUGCUGAUCCACCAGAGGACCCACACGGGCGAGAUGCCCUACGUAUGUGCUGAGUGUGGGGCCUGCUUCAGCCAGCACCGGGGUCUGGUCACUCACCAGCGGAUCCAUAUGGACGAGAUGCCUUACGGCUAUGGUUGCCCGGAUUGUGGGAAAUGCUUCCAGCAGAACUCGGAUCUGACGAAGCACCUGCGGGUCCACACAGGCGAGAAACCCUACAGCUGCCCCGAAUGUGGGAAGAGUUUCAGCUACAGUUCCAACCUUAGCAAGCACCAGCGGAUCCACACGGGCGAGAAGCCGUACCUCUGCAACGUGUGCGGGAAAAGCUUCAGCCAUUUGUCGACUCGCAACACCCACCAGCGGGUCCACACGGGGGAGAGGCCUUACGGCUGCACCGAAUGUGGGAAAAGGUUCAUUUCCAGUUCCAAACUCACCCGGCACAUGAGAACACAUUCCAUAUACACUCCUUACAUCUGCAAUGAAUGUGGGAGGAGCUUCGGUUCCCAUUCGGCCUUGACCACCCAUCAGAAGGAUCACUCGGCUGAGAGUUACAGCAUGGGCGGCUUGUGGGAGGGAGCCGAGCAGGGCCCUAGCGACUUCAUGGGCAGGGUGUCCCCUCUGUGACUGCGGCGGAGUUAGCCUAUUCCUUACGAGACUACUAGUUCAGGGUGCUAGUCCCUAAGGUAUUGGAAUAUGGCAGCCUAGCCUGGCUUGUGGGGGCCGGAUGUGAGAAUAGAGAGAAUGUCGGGCUAUAGAAUUUAAAUGUGGUGGUUUUGGAAGGUAGAGUUAGGCUGGAGAGAAAAAAAAAAAAGAUAGAGUAGUGCAGAGGAUGGAGGCUUAGAUUGUCAAGUUAGUUUUAGGAAGAAAGCAAAGCCUUCGCAGAAGGGAGAGCUUUGAAGCUGGCUGCUCAUUAAAAUGGCUUCCCCACCAGGCCCCAAGCCAGCCUAUUUUGAGCCUUCCAUUAUUAGUGUAAUCCCACCCCCUCUGCUGUAAUUUAGCUAUCUAAUAGCUCUGUAGAUUCCCCCCCCCCCAAUAUUCAGGAGCAAGUUAUCUGUGAUCAUUGGGCACUUGAAGGUAAUAAGUGAAAACUCUAUGGCAGUGAUGGCUAACCUUUUUACCGUCAUGGGCCAAAAGCAGGAGGAGCGCGAGGGGUCACAUGCGCACGUGCCCACACCCAUAAUUCAAUGCGCCCCGCCCCACGGUGUGUGACACACACACACACACACACACACACACUCCCCCUGCUUUUGAUACAUGAUGGCCUGGUGGGCCUGGUAGGCCCAUUUUUUCAUCCUCCCCAGGCUCCAGAGGCUUCCUUGGAGCCUGGGGAGGGCGAAAACAGGCCUUCCCCACCCCUCAGAGACCCUCUGGAGGCCGGAAACAGCUUGUUUCCUGACUUCCGGUACUCCUGGAAGGCCCGAAAAUCAGCUGGGCGGAGCUGAGCUAGGGCAACGCUCGCGUGCUCACUGAAUAUGGCUCCGCAUGCUACAGGGUCGCCAUCAGGGCUGUAUGGUCUCUGAAAGAGGAAGGCUUGAGUUAUGAUUUAGCAGCUGAAAAGCAAAAAGAACCACCAUAGUUGUGGAAAAAAAAGGGGGGGGGAAAUCCAGAGGUGGACAAAAUCUCUAGUUUUGAAGAACUAAAAUGUAUUUUAUAGUAGUGGCCCCCAACCUUUCGGGAAACAGGGACCGGUUCUGUGGAGAGAGGUUUUUCCAUGGUGUGAUUUCAAGUGCUGCCUGCAUCCCUCGGAUGGGGCUUUGCUUGUUGGCGAGGCCCGAUUUCUGGCAUGCUGUGGCCCAGUGCCGGGUCAGGGAUUGGGGAUCCCUGUUUUAUAGGAUUUAAUUUUCCUCUCCCCUCCCCUCUCCUCCCGUCCUGUCCCAUCCGUUCCUCUCCCCCCCCCCCAGUAUUGCUAAAAUCCAACUUGAAGAUGGUGUCAAAAAGUUUUUGACAUACUAAAUUAGCACUUCAUUUCGAUGGUGCCAUUAAGGUGAAGCAUUGCAGGUUAUGCACUGUGUCCAGUUAUCCCCAGUUUAAAACACCAGUGCAUAUGGUUUCGGGUGGCAAGGUGACGUUCUGAAUUGGGUGCCCAUUGCCUCCCUUUGCUCGGGCAAAGUUUCUCAAUCUUAGCUUCAACUUUUAGGAGGUUUGGACUUCAACUCCCAGAAUUCCCUAGCCAGUCAUGAUGACUAGGGAAUUCUGGGAAUUGAAGUCCACACCUCUUAAAGUUGCUAAGCUUGAAAAAUAUGUGCUAGACUUUUCAGAAUGCAGAAGAACCGUAUAUACUCACAUGUAAGCCCAUGUGUGAGUAAACAGGCCCUAAAUACUGAAAAAAUCCUGAAAAAUGUGUCACUCACAGAUAAGCCAACCUGCAUUUUUCAUGACAGUUGGGUUAAAAAAUUCAAGGGCCUGCUUAGCUACAGAUGGGCCUCUGUAAGAUAUAUGAGCAAUUUUUACAAUGUAUUACCGUAUAUAUUAAUGGAUAAGCCAAGUCUGAUUUUGGAUAUGUUUUGGAGCCUAAAAUUCUUGGCUUAUUUGUGUAUAUACAUGGUAAAUUACAAAAGAGAGAAGGUUCUGGAAUAGAAUAUUGCAGGAUAUAGUCCAGUGGUGGGAUCCAGCCGGUUCUAUCCGGAUCGUGUGAACCGGUAGCGGCGACUCCAGGCGGCUCCGCCCACCUGCCUGGAUGUAAUGUGUGACUACUGCGCAUGCGCGCACGCUCACAUUUGUGAACCGAUAGGGAAAGUAAGUGAAUCCCACCUCUGAUAAUAGUCCUUGAUUUACAACCAUUUCAUUCAGUGACUUUUGACUGGUUCUCACACUUAUAAUUGUUGCAACUUACAAUUGUUGCAGCAUUCUCACGUGAUCAGAAUUUGAGCCCUUGGCAACUGGUAUAUAUUUAUGGUGGCUGCAACAUCCCAGGGUCAUGUGAUCCCCAUUUGAGACCCACCCAGCCAGCUUCCGACAGGCAAAAUCAACGGAGCAAGCCAGAUUUGGUUAACCACCAUGUGAUUCACUCAACCGCAGUGAUUUACUUAACAAUCCUGGCUAGAAAGAUUAUAAAAUUGAGUGUGGAUUCAUUCAACUGCCGCCUUGCUUAGAAACGGAAAUUCUGAUUCCAAGGACCUAAGUCAUAAGUCAAGGACUACCUCAAUUUCACCCGGCCUUGCUCUCUUCUAGCAUACUCCAUUCUGUUCUCUCCAGCCUUAUGUCCUUCAUUUUUACACAGAAAUGUAAGCAAUAUGCUCCGUCCCAUAAUUGGGUAGACCAGGUUGUUCUGAUAGACUGGUCCCACCAGUGGAAAAACUCCACAGAUACUAGUAUCCCCAUCAGGUAUACCUGAAUAACUAACUCAAUUAUCAAGCUAAUUUAGAUCUCCCACUUUGUAUUUAGAGGUCUUUUUUUUUGUGUGAAAUCAUGUUUUAUUUUUCGCUAGAGCAGAGGUGGGCAAAGAUGGCCCCUUCGUGUGGACUUCAACUCCCAAAAUUCCUGAGCCAACAUGGCUGACUCAGGAAUUCUGGGAGUUCAAGUCCACAAGGCAUGAAGGAGGUCAUUGUUCUCCAUCCCUGCUCUAGACCUUUGGCUUUCUCAAGUUUGUCCCUUUUAGGUAGAUGGGGUUUUGAGUGACCCCCAAAACGGUCUUGUCACAAAGUGGCUUUCAUUAACUUUUCCCAACCUGCCCUCACAAGCAUACACACAUUCAUACAAGACCCAACGUUUCAUAAGAUUGCUGCCGAGAAGGCGGCGCUCUUAUAAAGUGGUAGCCAAAAA